GCGGCUGUCUGCUGAAGGAGGAACGAAGUCGACGGUCUUCCUUCCGUUUGUCCUUCCUCUCAACAUGGGGGCUGUGUGCAUGGCGGGACGCGGCGGCCUGCUCUGCUUUGCCUCUUGGGUUCCAGUAGUCCUCGCCGCCCUACAGCAAGGCUUGUCACACCACAUACCUGUCUCGUCUCAUCCCUCACACCUGCCCUCUCACACACCUGAUCUGGUUCCCCCACACACACAUGCCUCCACACCUUACCCAACAUCCUCAACCACACCUGCCUUACCUUUACAACUGUCCUUUCCUACACGUGAUUCCAACCUACACGUGUCUUCCUUAUCCUCGUCCCACACAUCUGUCUCACAACUGUCCUCUCGUGUACCUUUGAAAAUACCUGUCUUUGAUGCGCACCUGGGCACUCCCACGCCUCAACCUACGACCCACACACCUGUUUCCCUGCUACAUGUAUUCCCCCCCUUCACCCAUACCCUACCCCUGUCCUCCCACACCGCUGCCCAUUCGCGUGUGAGGAGCAAGAGGAGUUUGAGGACAAGCCAUUCCCGCCUCGUUCACUCUUCCGGUCACAACUACAGGUAAGGCCAUUUUUCUUCUUUUUCUUCCGCUUUCCUUCUUUUCCUUUGAUUCUUUGCUUUUGUUCUCUCGCCCGCCGUCAGAGUUACAGAAGAAAAAAAUGACUCACACAAGUUAUCGAGAAAAAUACGGGUAGAGAUGCGGAGAAAAAGAAAUGGAUGGAUCACACACACACACACACACACACACACACACACACACACACACACACGCGGGGAGGACAAUUAAGUCAAUACAUGAAGUGGAAAGUGAUUAUGGUCGAGUGUUUCAGUGAGAUAGACGAGUCCCUGGCGGCCCUCAUCUCCUGGGUGUCGAACAAAGUGUCUCCUCCUCCUCCUCCACCGACUCCUCCACCUCCGUCGUCUUCUCCUCCGGGCCUCCUCCUCCUCCUCGACCACACCAUGCAAGGCUCCGAGGCACUCCUGGGGUCACUGCAGAAGGACUGGGGUUCCCUGUGGGUGUUGGGGUGCCACGGGGACUACCUCAUGACCCUGGGGGAGGUGCUAAAGACCCGCUCUUCGUCCCCGCCACCCGCCACAUGUAUCCUCCUCCUGUGCUCGCCAACUAAUGCCUUCAACGUCUUUUCCUAUGUUCGGGAUCGCAACUUGGAGUCCGCGGGUGUGUGGUGGAUGCUGGUGACCGCCGAGGACACGUCACGGCCGCUAGAGGGAGUUCUACGGGAAGGGAGUCAGGUGGUGAUGGCGGUGCGGAGGUCAGUCUCCAAAUACGACUUGUUGGUGAGCAAGGUGGACCGCCGAGGACAACCCAGAUUCGUGUUGGGCGCCUACUGGGAACACAACCCCGGCGACACUGAGAUCCAUGUGCUCGAACCGUUCGUCCCUGACCUCAUGCGCGUGUACGGGGACAUGGCGGGGCGGCAGCUGAUCAUGACCACCAACCAGAACCUUCCCUUCGUGGGCCUCAGGACGGAGAGCGACGGGGUACUCACUGCGGACUCCGGCAUCGACGUGAGGAUCAUGCAGACACUCGCACAGCACCUGAACUUUACGUUCCAGGUGGUGACGCCCUCGGAUGGUCAGUGGGGCGGGCCGCUCCCUGACGGCACCGUGUCGGGCAUGAUAGGACAGGUGGCGCGGAGGGAGGCGCACCUGGCCAUAUGCGAAAUUACUAUCUCAGGAAGCCGCGAGACGGUGGUGGACUUCACGGUGCCCUACUACCUGGAGGCCACGACCAUGGUGUCCCCCGCCCCGGCACUCACCAGCAGGGUAUUCGCCAUCUUCUCGCCCUUUACAUACCAGGUGUGGCUGUGCAUCGCCCUGGCAACGCUGGCUGUGGGUCCCGUGGCAGCUGUCUUGGGUAUCCUCAUGAGCAGCUACGCCUCCCCGCCCUUCCGCCGCCGCCCCGCCCACGAGUACGCGUUCAACCUCUUCCGGAACCUGGUGGUGCAGACGAACCUAAUCAAGACGUCGCAAGUGCCGCAUCGGAUCCUGUUCUUCGCGUGGUGCCUCUUUUGUUUCUAUGUGUAUGCGUUGUACUCCGGGACGCUGACGGCGGUGCUGGCGGCGCCCUCCUACGAGCCCACCAUUGACAGCCUUGAGGACCUGCCACGCGCCGCACGCCAAGGCUUCACCGUCGGCGUCGUCUCCAACACCGCCAUCGAGUUUCUUUUCAAGGAGGCGACGGACGGCAUCUAUCGGCAGGUGUGGCAGCUGUUCAACCACAAGACGCCGUCGCAGAGCUUCUUCAAGGACCCCAUUUCCGGUUUUGACAAGAUCGCGCAGAGCAAGUUCGUCAUCUUCUUCCCCUCCCUGAACGGCGAGCUGCAGGCCAUCUACAGAGGGCGCCACCGGUACUACUUCGCCCCGCACCACUUCUUCCCUCAGGCCUACGGGAUGGCGUGCUUCAGGGGCGCGCCUUUCCUCGCCAAGUUCAGCCAAAUGCUGACGUGGAUGACGGAGGGGGGGCUCGUCAUGCAGUGGAGGCGGGAGGUGAUGGGUGACGCCGCCUUCGCUGCCGCCGCCGCCUCGAAGCAGGGAGCCACGGAGGAGAGAUGGACCACUGCGAUUAAUCUGAAGCACUGUCAGGCCGCCUUCUUCCUGCUGGUGCUCGGCCUGGGCGGGGCAGGGCUGGCGCUGGUCGGGGAGAUCCUCGCUGCGAGCCACAAUACCGACGAGCGAGGCAACAACGACCGGGCAAAAGUAAUGGAUGCAGCUCAAGGGAGAAAAACAGAAACAGCAACAAGAAAAGUCCGCUAGAAAGAACAAAAGAACAAAAGAACGAGAACGAGUGGCCCAAAGGCUUUCUUCUGGACUUCGUGAAAUCCCGAACCUUCAGACAGAGUUCCCCGGAGUGUUGACCAUCAAAAGACACUGUU